CCUCUAAUUGCCUUCGUUAAAGACAGUUGUUGUUGUUAAAGUCAAAGGAAGUGAAGUAACAAGAGGCUGGGCUCGGGAGCGAUGAAUGACCUCUUUCCCCCGCCCGCCGCCACUGCCAUUGACAGCUGGGCUCUCGUGCAGUUACAGACUACGUCCAGUACCUUAGUCGCAGUCGAUGAAACACUCCUCCCUACUCUGCAGCAGCCACGAUAUAGAUACCGGUGCUUACUAUGGGAGAUCGCUUCAAGGAUAGCGUGAAUGUGCAUGCCUUCGGGCGGUCGGCUUAUCCUCCUCUGACAGGCUUAUGCUCAACAUGAUACAAACACCGUAAAGCCAUCCGAAUCCAAGCCACUCAAAGGCCCACAGAA